UUAGGUCGGUUCGACAUUGUUAAGUCGGUUCCGUUGAUCGCCCUAAGGGAAGGAAGCUUUUCCCGCAUUCACCACGUUCCCCUGCAUAUAUACAUACAGGCGGAAAGAGCAAGAAGUGAGAGGGAGAGAGAGAUGGAUGUUGAAGAAGGAGGUUACGUCGUCGGGAGCGAAAUUCAGAGGCUGCCGGAAGAGUGCUUGUCGCACGCUAUAUUACUAACUUCUCCUCGAGAUGCAUGCCGAUCGGAGGCGGUAUCGGCGGCGUUUCGCUCCGCAUCAGCGUCCGACAACGUUUGGAGAAGCUUUCUUCCGUCCGAUUACGCUGAGAUCCUCGCACGAGCUGUCGAUCGGGUGGAAUUCGCAUCGAUGAAGCAUCUCUAUUUCCGCCUCUGCGAUCCAAUACUCAUCGAUGGCGGGAAGAUGGGUUUUUUUGUUGAUAAAGAGACCGGGGUCAAGUGCUUCAUCUUGCCGGCGAGAGAGCUUUUGAUUAUUUGGGGGGAUACUCCUCAAUAUUGGAGAUGGAAUCAUGACCCUGAAUCAAGGUUUCCGGAAGUUGCUGAGCUAAUGAAUGUAUGCUGGCUGGAGAUCCGUGGCAGAAUUAACUCUAGGCUGCUCUCCAAAAGGUCUAACUAUUCAGCCUAUCUUAUAUUCAAAUUAUCAAGUAGUGCGGCGGGCUUCAACGAUCCUCCACAAAAGGCAUCGGUCACCAUAGGAGCAGACGACUCACCCCUUUCAGUGCGCCUGAUGGAAGAACAAAACUUUGGCAGGCCACGGCCGAUCUUACGUCGGCCGAGAUAUUUUCGAAACUUCUUUCGCCGUGCAAAUUUUCCGCAAGAGCCGCCGGAAGAUUUACGAGAGCCUCUGAACGAGCUGCAUGUGCGAGAUGAUUUGCCGGAAGAGGCGGACGAGGCUCGGCAUGAUCGACGGCAAAAUCCAGAUGUAGAAGGACAAGAUCAAUCAGAAAGGGAUGGUGAAAUUGUGGGAAGGCCUCAAUUAAGGCAGGAUGGGUGGAUGGAAAUUUUGUUGGGGGAGUUCUAUAAUGAAGAUGGAGAUGAUGGGGAGGUUGUUAUGUCGUUUUUGGAGAUCAAGGGAGGGCAUUGGAAGAGUGGCCUUAUUGUUCAGGGAAUUGAGAUCAGGCCUAAGAAGGGGGUUUGUAUGUGAAGUUUAAAUACUGACUUGCUUUUUUUUCUUCUUAAUUUCAAUGGUAUUUUGGCUGUUCUGUGAACUCUAAUAAUUUUGAAAUGUGGUUUUGGUUGUUUGUGUGAUUUUUUAAUGUAACUGUGCUUGUUAAAUCAACUCACUUUGU